UUUUCGCGAAACAUCGUUUCCCUUUGUGCAUCACACAGGUGUCCGAGAUGCGCACAUCCGUGUUGCGAUCGAUAGCUGAAUAUUUUUCGAUGAAUAUUUAUCGUGUCUCGCCUUUCAUGUAUAAUUAAACGACGCAAAACUCAUUUCUCUUCCAAUAUAUAUGAUUCAAAGACAUUAAAGGAUUAAAGAUUAAAAUUGUGCCUGAAUUAUUGUCUGUCAAAUAUUGAAACAAGGUUUCACCAUGUCUUUGUACGAUGAUUUUGACAAGCAUCGGACCUCGGAAAAGGUUGCUGGAUGGUCCUCCGGUAUAAAAUUGUUGCAAUCGCAAUUGCAGUUGAAGAAGGCUGCUACAACACAGCCAAAACGUGAGCAAUACAGAAAGGCUAGUGCGGUACUAGCGCCAGUGAUAGAUUUGAAGUCAAAGACUAAUCGCGAUGUCGACAGAGAGGAACAUGAUAGCACACACAACAAUCCAUUAUCUGCUGGUAGUGUGAGCAGUAUAGGAAUAGGUGAUGAAUUUGACUGGAAUGUAGUAAAUGAAUAUGAUCCCAUGUGGCCCAAUGAAUACGAGAAAGUUGUGAAGGAAUUGCGUGAUAUCAGAGAUAGAGAGCAUGAGACAGAGAUGCGCAAACGUAGGAGGGAUAGUACUCGCUUUGAAGAUACUCAGGCUGCUGGUAGUGGUAAUAGCACAAUGAUACCUCCCGAGAGAGAUGAGGAGAGAACGCCGUCUUCAAGAGGUGUUGUUGGAGGUGCUGCAAUAGCACCACCACCAUCUUUGCAAGAAUCUUCAGAAUUACCACCUCCACCACCACGACAGACGCCUAAUCUAGGCUAUGCGACAUCAUCUGUGGCUGCUAAAAUAAUGGCAAAGUAUGGUUUCAAGGAAGGACAGGGUCUUGGUAAGAAGGAGCAGGGCAUGUCAGUGGCAUUACAAGUAGAGAAAACGAGUAAACGUGGCGGUAGAAUAGUUGGCGAACGGGAACAGUUGAUGCCUCCACCACCACCUCUUACUGCUUCUCCACCGCAGAAUCAAUUAUCGCAGCAACCGCCCGCAGAAGAACCUAGCAUUACCGAAAUAAUGAAAUGUCCCAGCAAGGUUGUGCUUUUGCGCAACAUGGUUGGCCCUGGAGAGGUGGACGAUGAUCUCGAACCAGAAGUAAAAGAUGAAUGUAACACCAAAUAUGGCGAUGUUGCGCGUGUAAUUAUUCAUGAAGUGAUCGAAGCUGCUCCAGAAGAAGCAGUACGAAUUUUUGUCGAAUUUAAGAGGAUAGAAAGCGCUAUCAAAGCUGUAGUGGAUUUGAAUGGACGUUUCUUUGGUGGCAGACAAGUUAAAGCGGGAUUUUAUUCGAGUGAAAAACUUGACAACUUACAAUUGAUGGAUUAGUUGUACACAUUGUAAAAAUUUCAAACAUUAAUUUAGAAUAUGCUCACUUCUUCGCAAAUUGUAUAAAUAUUUUAUAUUUCUAUAUAAGAUCUUAUUUACAUCUUAUGCUUAAUAAAUCUAAAUAUUUA